CCUCCCGCCUGCCCCGCUCGCGAGUCGCUCCUGAUCCCGCUCCUCCGCUCCCUGCCCCCCGGCGCGCCUCCACCUGCUCGACCAAAUGCCCGCCCGCUUCGCCGUCACCCCGUCCUUCCGCUCCUACAACGUCGUGCUCUCCACGCUCGCCAGGGCCCGAUUGCCACGUCGACGCGUUCGCCCUGUUACCGCCGGAUGCUCAGGGACCGCGUGCCGCCCACCACCUUUCACCUUCGGCGUCGCCGCGCGCUCGCUCUGCCGCCUCGGCCGCGCCGACGAGGCGCUCGCGCUGCUCCGCGGGAUGGCGCGCCACGGGUGCGUGCCCGACGCGGUGCUGUACCAGACGGUCAUCCACGCGCUGUGCGACCAGGGUGGGGUCGCCGAGGCCGCCACGCUCCUCGACGAGAUGUUCCUGAUGGGUUGUCCAGCGGACGUGAACACCUUCGAUGAUCUCGUUCGCGGGCUGUGCGGGCUCGGGCGGGUGAGAGACGCAGCCAGGCUGGUGGACAGGAUGAUGAUGAAGGGAUGCACGCCGAGCAUGCUGACGUACGGGUUCCUCAUGGAGGGGUUGUGCCGAGCAAGGCAGGUGGAUGAGGCGUUGGCAAUGCUGGGGAGGGUGCCAGAGGUCAACGUGGUUCUGUUUAACACUGUGAUUGGUGGGUGCUUGGCUGAGGGGAAGCUGGAUAAGGCAACAGAACUGUAUGAGAUAAUGGGUUCGAAAGGCUACCCUCCAGAUGUGCACACAUACAGUAUAUUGGUGCAUGGUCUUUGCAAGCUUGGGAGGUUUGGUUCGGCCAUGCGGUUGCUUGGUGAGAUGGAGGAGAAGGGUUGUGCUCCAAAUGUCAUGACCUACACAACCUUGCUGCAUUCAUUUUGCAGGAAUGGCAUGUGGGAUGACACAAGAGCAAUACUGGAUCAGAUGUCGGCGAAGGGCUUGAGUAUGAAUUCCCAAGGAUACAAUGGAAUGAUAUAUGCGUUAUGCAAGGAUGGCAAGUUUGAUGAUGCAAUGAGGCUCAUCCAGGAGAUGAAGAGUCAAGGGUGCAAGCCUGAUAUAUGCACUUACAAUACAGUAAUUUAUCAUCUGUGCAACAAUGACAGGAUGGAGGAAGCGGAACAUGUUUUUGGAAACUUACUCGAAGAGGGUGUUGUUGCCAAUGGAAUAACUUACAACACUCUAAUUCAUGCACUUCUGCGUAGCGGAAGGUGGCAGCAGGGCCUAAGGCUUGCAAAUGAAAUGGUACUUAAUGGUUGCUCAUUAGAUGUUAUUAGCUACAAUGGGCUGAUAAAAGCCCUCUGCAAAGAGGGGAAUGUUGAUCGGAGUAUGGGGUUGCUUCAGGAAAUGAUGGAAAAGGGAAUUAAGCCAAAUAAUUUCUCAUACAACAUCCUGAUCAGUGAGCUCUGCAAAGCAAGGAAAGUACGCGAUGCACUAGAGCUCUCAAAGGAGAUGUUGAAUCAAGGGCUCACUCCUGAUAUUGUGACUUACAAUACACUCAUAAAUGGAUUGUGCAAAAUGGGAUGGACACAUGCUGCUUUAAAUCUCCUAGAGAAGCUACCCAACGAAAAUGUGCAUCCAGAUAUUAUCACAUACAAUAUUCUCAUUAGUUGGCACUGCAAAGUCAGAUUGCUUGAUGAUGCGUCUAUGCUUCUAAACAAGGCAGUAAAUGGAGGGAUAGUUCCUAAUGAGCGAACUUGGGGAGUGAUAGUGCAAAAUUUUGUCAGGCAGCCAGUCAAUCUCGAGGCAUAUUAGAAGGUUUUUAUUGUAUAUGCUAUAUGUUAUAAUGGCUGCCAUGGUUUUGGGACUAUGUGCAGCUCGAUAUGCUUUGAAGAUCAAAAUGGAGCGCAUCUUGACUUCCAGCACAGUGUUCGCCAUGCACGUUGAUCUGGUAUUCUGUGGCAGCGAGCAAGCGAGCACCAUGAAUCACAGCGCCACGGGGUUGGGUGGGCGAUGGUUGUGAACAAGCGGUACCGUUUUAAGUGAUAACUGAUAAGCAUUUCUGCAGUACUUAAGGCGAAGUUCGGUGUCCUGAGAUACUGUCAUGUGAUUUUUCCUCGAUCACUGAAAAUCCGAUAAAUUAUGCUCGUGUGCGAAGGACCAGGGCCUCUGUCUCAGUGCAGCGCAACAUGGCCGGAUGAGCUUUUCCUCUGCUAGAGCAGGGGACCAGCGCGUGCGGCGCCUUGCUAACGCAGAGCGUGGUCGCUUCGUUGCUUCCCAGGUUCCCCCCAAAGCACGAUGCGCCCAUGGCCAAGGCGGCCAGGGGCGUAGCCAGGAAUUCGGUUUUUCAUUGUUAGGGGGGCCAACAGUGCUAAUUUAUCUAAAAAUUUAAUUGAAUUUAAAAAUUUCAGUGGAAAAUUGCAAACCACGGGGUCUGGUCCCUGCCAGACCCCUUCCCUCUGCCAUGGGAGGCGGCGGCCAUAUAGGGUCUGUUGUUUAGUAUGGCUCCAACUCCGUAGAUUUCUGUUUCACUCCACAACUCCAGCUGGAGCAUGCUUCAUGUGGUUUGAUUGACUGUAUUGUUUUGAGUGAAACAAAAAAUCUACAACUAUUUUCGCCAUGCAUAUGAAAUAAAAUGACCAUGGAAAAAAGUUAAAAUCCCAACAUAUUACAAGUUCA